ACCCUAAAGGGAGGCGGGGCGGGCCUAGCGGCAGUUGUUGCCGGCGCUGAGGCGGCGGCAUGGCGGAGAGGCGGCAGCGAGCCCGCGUGCAGGGCGGCUGGGCCGGCGCCCCGGCGGGACGGCUCGCAGCACCAAAGGCACCUGUGGCCAGCAACCUUGCCCCUGCAGGCACCAGGCCAGCGUGGUUGAGGAAAAAUCAGCCUCACACUCAGAAGCAAUUUCUGUUUGAAAAGCCAUCAGAGGUGGAGCGCAAAGUUCCUGAGGCAGGUGUGAUAGACAAGCCUGGUGUGUAUGAGCUCAGCAAAGUACCGACUGGAAUUUCUAGGAUUCAUUUGAUUCCUGGCUUUAUUGGCUCAGAACAAGCAGACUGGAUGUUUCAACAACUCCUCCAAGACAUACCUUGGGGUCAGAGAACUCACAUCAGACAGGAAGUAUCUUUUGAGGAACCAAGGCUGACCUCCUGGUAUGGGGAACUUCCUUACACAUACUCCAGGAUAACAAUGCAGCCAAACCCAAAUUGGCAUCCUCUGCUGACCAUGCUAAAGGAGCAUGUUGAAGAGUUCACUGGCUAUACCUUCAACUCUCUUCUCUGCAACCUCUACCGAAAUGAGAAGGAUAGCGUAGACUGGCACAGCGACGAUGAACCAUCACUGGGAAAAAAUCCUGUCAUUGCCUCGCUCAGCUUUGGUGCUACCCGGACCUUUGAGAUGAGGAAGAAACCCUCCCCUGAAGAGAAUGGAGACUAUACUUAUGUAGAAAGACUAAGAAUCCCACUUGAUCAUGGGACUCUGCUGGUAAUGGAAGGAGCUACCCAGGAGGAUUGGCAGCAUCGAGUGCCUAAGGAAUAUCAUUCUAGAGAUGCACGGAUAAACUUGACCUUUAGGAUCAUUUAUCCAGAACCUGAUGGAGUUUGGAAGUGAAGAGGCACUUUGAGGGUUAUUGGAUGUAAACCCACAGCAGAUCCAGAGCUUCAGUUUGCUACAGAUAUAAAGGAAGCCUUAAAGGAGCAGAGUUCUGUGAAAUGUCUGGUGGGGAAAAGAACUGAUGUUACGAAGAUCUUUGACAAUCAGAAGCUCCCUGUGUUAUGUGGACAGUGCUGUUUUGUUUUCAGAAAUUAUAUGCUAUUGGAUGAUACUAAAACACAGGCUUUAAGUCUGUGAAAAAAACAAUGGUUGUUCUUAAAAGAACACAAAGCACAUGAAGGAUCCAAGAGGUACUGACUGGAGCAGAAAGAUUUGGUGAGCAGGUAUUUUGCACCUUCUCUUGUCUCCCCUUUCCCCUCAAGUAGUGAUCUGUGUUCUAAGUAACAACAAGACAGGAUUCUUUAAUGUAAAGCCAGCUGUAUGUGUGCUGUGUGCACAGAAAUGAGAAAGCUGCACUUCAUGACAAUCUCUUGAGUAUUACUCACUUCACCAAGGGGUAGCACGUUGCUUUUCAUUUGUAGGUUGCAAAGUCUUUUCCAGUGAAGCAAUCAGCUUCAUUAUUUGUAUAACUACUUGAAUUAUACUAGUGUCUGAUAGAACAGAGGUUCAAGGCUCCCUUCUGCUGUGCACUGUGUGGUCAGACUUUAUCCUAACUGUUUAUCCAUAUAGACAAGACAGACAAAGGCAAGCAGCAGAGACACCUUAGCCACAAGCCUUAUCAGCCAGGUCAAAGCUGCCCAUUGCUUGAGUAUUAAUAGUCUUCCAUACCUGCUGGCUGAAAACUGUAGCCUCUGUAUCAUAGGCAGGAAAAGAGAAACAUUACUUUCAGAAUUUGCUAAUUAAUUUUUAGUUUCUUUUUUUGUGUUUCUUUUUAGCACAGCUAAAUUGUGGCUUCCAGUGAUUUCAGGAGGGGCAGGAAAUGUCAGUAUCUCUAAAAUAAUCAGGCUUAUGCUUCCAAAUUUAAUACCCAGAAGAACUGGUCCAAUGAUUUUGACCCAAAUUAUUAUAAUGACACUGUAAGUCAGUUGCAAAGCUGCACUAAGUAGAGUGUGGUAGCACCAGAUGCAGCACUGGCUCUGGUGCUACUGCUCCUAGGUCAAUGCAUAUUGCAUUAAAGAAUAUUACUUGCAGGGUUAUCUCUUGAACCUCUGCUGUUACAGAGGGGCAGUCAGCAACUCAGACCUGAUUCUAGGCUGACUUUCUGGAAUUCUUCAAGUUUGCCUGCCCUAGGUCCGUCUCAGCUGUUGGUAGGAACCAGCGAGCUGAUGACUGCUGUCUGGAUGUUAAGUCAGGUAUGCUGCCUAUGGGGUUAAGUUCUCACUGCAGCUAAAUGGCAUCCACUGUACUGGAUCAAAACGUAGGUUUGGUAUGUCUUCACUUUCUGCCUGAACUAGGAUCUAAGCAAGGGUAAAUACUCUGCUUUGUAACACAUUAAUGUUGUUAAGCAAGCUAGUGUCCCUCUUCAGUGCAAGAGUAAGUCGGUGUUUAGAAAAUGUCUCUCUCGUCUUAGCCAGCAUUUGCUGUAGUUUAAAAUUUCUAUUUGAUGAGUGCUGUCAAGUUAAUAAUACUCAAUUAUGCCUAUUUUUUAAUGCUAUUGAUGACCUAAAGGACAGACUGUUGAGCCAUUUCAAUCCCCAUGCUGUGAAAUUGGGCAGAAUAAUUUUCUUUGUGUAUCAAACAACUCUAGAAGCCGUUUCUCUACCUAAAGCACCAUACAGCUUUUGAAAUAGUUUAUUCUUCUAAAAUGAAUAAAUGUUAUUAGAAAACUACUUUGUUAUCUAGUAAUGUCUUCAUUUUCAUCCCAGUUUGCAUGCAAACGUGUUUUUGGAGUAUAUUUAAUGUUAAUUCCUUGCAUUUGAAUCUAAGAUUUGGGGUAUGUGAUGUAUCCUCUGAGAACUAGUGUCGAAGGAGGCAGAUGCUAACUUUCAUGUUUACUUUCUUUGGGUAACUGGGGCUUUGUGCACACCCCUGUAUGCAUGCCCAGGUUUGGCAGUCAUGACAGCGUGGUUUUCCUAAUGAAGGAGCUGUGCUAAUUUUUCCAGUUAUUCUGACAAGGCAACAGUUUAGCCUUUAUCAGGUCGUACAACCUACAUUUAUUUACACUGUGUUAAGAACAGUCAUGUUGCAAAAGAGAGUAGGAAAUGGGGAUUAGAGGGAAACUUCUAAACUCUCAAACCUCAGCCUGUGGAAAUUGCAACUCAUUUGAAUUCAGUGAAGCUGUGGCAUGUAACUGAUGAUAGGGCCCUAGAGAUGGAUACUGUUGCAGAAGAACAGUUUUUGACUUACUUCCUUGGUUUCAAUUUAUAAUGUUAGCAAAUUGUGUUUUAGUUUCUUUAAUUGCUUUGAUCUGGGAGAAGACUGAGGUUUCCUCCCCAGCAAUAAAAUGAUUUAUAAGAGAAAUGCUGCAUCCCAUGGAGCUCUCUUGGGGAGAUACCCUUUUGUUGCUGGUGUCUACUACGUUCUGCUUAUUCUCAUGUGUCGACUGUACUCCUGCAUAUAUCCAAAUCUGGUGGACAUGGAGAGAAGGCAUGUGGCAUCGUUCCUCCCCCAGUCCUGAGUGCCCUGGCUGCAAGGGGAACAGUUGGCAUGGAGGUCAAAUUUCUUUGUCAGCUGGGAACUUGUGGGUCCUUCCUUCCUCCAGCCACCUCCUCCCAAAAAAAUCACCUAGCCAGGUGGCAGCGGAUUGCAACCUCCUGCCUGCCAGGACAGCAGGAAAUGGCUUAGAGUGGAGGAGAUUCCAGCCCACAUCUCCUCAGAAGAGCUUUCUGCAGGGACUUUUUUCCUGUAGGUAGAAAUUUGUUCCUGAAUGCUGCAACCACUCUUAGGGUUCUCAAGAUACAUCUGCGCAAAAGUGAGAUUUAAGAAGUCUUGAGCCUGGUGUUGUUCUUGUGGCACCUAAAGAUUUUUCAUUAGAGACCAGGGCAACUUGAAAAUUUUUUAGUGCUAAUAUUCAGCUGUUUCUGGUGUUGGAGUCAAGUGCAGAGGGUAUCAUAUUUAGAAUGGAAAAAAGAUAGUUAGGUUCCAUUCUUUAACUUAAAGAUAGCUGGAGGAACCUUUCUCCUAGUUGUAUGGAUUUGAAAAUAAUAUUUCUAAAAAUGCUACCCAAAAGAUUUAUUUCCCAGUUAUAAAGCUUUGUUCCUUCUCAGGUCUGUUUUGACAGUACAAUAUUCCCAGCCAAAAGCCUUUUGAAAAAAGGUUUAAACUCAGAAUUCACGACAUUGAAGUAAAAUAUAUUGUUUCUCUGAAACCAAAGGUUUAUACACACACAAAGGAUUUGAGGCAAGGGGCAGGUUGCCUGGGGGUUUUGUCUUUGCUGUUAUCACCAGACUCGCCAACCUAAGCAUGGAGUAGUCCAUCCGUAUGAGGUAGUGGAGCAGAUGCUAAGAGCUGCUUUGCGCACAGAGCACUUCUGAAUUUUAUUUUCCAUAUUCCAUGUAUUCUCCCUGUGUCUCCAAACUGCCUCUUGUAGCCUUUUCCUUUCACCCUCUCACUCCCAUUGUCAUUUGUUCAUAUUUAUCUCUAGUUACCUCUCAUAUGCUCCCUGCUGCAGUGUGACAAUAUUUUUUUUAACAUAGAAGACAUAAACUGUAGGUUUACUUUUUUCCUGUUUCUUCAUUCUGAAAUACUAUUUUUCAUCAGAGUAUUUGUGUCUCUUCCAGGAAAAGCUGAAAAACUGCAUUCCUCAAAACAGUUCAUUGUCUGUGGCUUUCAAACAGGUUGAGUCUAGUAGUUACCCCAGUUAAGAUUCACUUUUCCAAAAUAGCUGUCACCUUUUCCGAAAUAUAAUGACCCUCAGGCUUGAUGAUAAGCAGCAGAUGAAUGGAAGCUGUCUUAGGUAAGGAUGGAUGGUGGCCUGCCACCCUGAAGGAACACGCAGGGUGCAGCUGUUCUGAAAAAGGAGCGACUCGUUCCAUCAACAAUAUGUAACCAUAAGUUUAUUUAACACCUAUAUAAAUAAUAAGAUUAUUAAUUAACCAUACUGGUGUCAGGAACUGCUCUGUUUCCAUGCUACUUGCAAUAAUAAUUUAAUCCAAAAUACUUGAAUAUUUAAGUACAAACUCUUGAUGAGAUUAGAGUAUGUCUGGUUGAAUACUACACUGUUGGGACACACCAGGCUGAUCUGAGCACAUGCCAUUUAAAACAAAUAGCAAAGUUCCGUCACUUUUCUGCUAUAUUUCUUUCUUUUUUGGGGGGUGAGGUGGGAACCUCUUCAGGGCUUUCAGCUUUGGUUAGCUUUAAAGCUGUAGAUAAUUUUAUUCGUCCUGUGUCAGAUUAAUUCUAGCUGUACAUUUUCCACUUGUCAUGACUGAUGGGCUUAGUAUAGCUACAUAUAGUAAUUUAUAGCUACAAUAGUAAUGCAGAAGGAGAUGGGGUGCCAAGAAGGGGUUAAGAAACCAGAAUUUUUGUACCAUAGUAUUGGCAAAGUACAGAAGACUCUUCUCCUGGGGUUUGGGUUAGAAGAAGUAUGAUGGGUGCUGCAAAUCCGUAAUGCCUCCUCCUCAAGUGCUGCUACUAUUGACUUAGCUAAAAAGCAUUUAACGCCCACUUUGCCUUUUCCGGUCGCUUUUCAGAGCGGAUAUGAAAUCUGCCUCACUAUGUUUUGUUUUCAAAAUGCUUCUUUUCCAUCCUUGAGGUUUCCAUAGCAACCUGGGCCAUUUGUUUAAAUUGGAGCUCACUGGCCUGCCCUCCCUUGCACCUAACUUCUGCUGAGAUCCUGCAGGUAUCAUCUCCUCUUGAGGGUGACUUGUAAGGGUUAUAGAGGGGCUCAGCAGCAGUUGGCUGUAAGAGUGCUGGUCCUUCCCAGAGGGCCCACUCGGCAAGAUGACAGAUGUGUGUUUUCUCCCUGUUGCCAUGUUUCAUUUACCUCAUUCUUCUGUGUAAUGUUUGAUACAGCUUUGUGGAGUUAUUACAAGCUCCCUUGAAGAAGAGGUUAGCUGGCAGUUCUUUGGCUGCUCACGCUGGGAAGUGUGUCUCGGCAGAGCUAGGAGGCCUUGUUUUAAGUAAAGAAAGUGGGGACCAUGUUGAAGAAUUUUAAUCAGAAUAAGGAGCAAGGAGGUCUAUCACAUGGCCUCCAUCAUUUGGUUUAGACUCCCCAAUGUUCUGAUCACUCAGGAGGUUUUGCUGGCUGAGCCAGACUUAGAGCAGAGCCUUCACAUCACAGGGGAUCAUCCAGACUGACGGUGCUCACUGGAUCCAGAAUGAUGCUCAGCCAGAAGUUGUUUCUGCCUAUAGCUGCAUGUGCAGCUGCUUUGCUGUUCACGUGAGGGUGGUGUUUACUCUCUCUCUAGUUCCAUGGUGGAGAUACCACAUAGACCCCACACUGAAGAGUGGGUACACAUUACAGCUGAUCUCUGAGUUACCUUUGCCAGUCCUCUGCCCCAGGUGUGUGUUUCCAGUGAUGCCUUUGCACCAGGGCAGGCUGUCAUGCAACCCUGCAGUGGCUGACCCAGGGAGGUAAGCUAGCUGACCAUGAUCCCUUAAAGCAGCAAAGAGCAGAAAACAGGCCACUUGGCAGAAGCCAUAGGCUAGAAAGAGCCCCAGUGUUGCAUGGAUGGGGGAGUCAUAGCUGUGACUCGUUGCUGGCCAUUGGGUCCUCGUCGUCAUGAGGGAGGACUUCUUGCCCUGAAGAGUUUAUGAUUCAGAGGACAGAAGAUGAAGCAGGAGCAAACAGAGGCAUGACUUGCCAGAGGGCAUACUGGCCUAGACAUACAACCUGCAAUCCCAGUUCAGUGCAUGAUUUCUUAGGCUGCAGAGCUUACACAGUUCCCAGUUUCCCCCCUUCCCUCCAUUCUGCUUUCUGGAGGCUGAUCUGUGCCAGGUUUCUGCACUGUGCCCAGGAGGAGACGGCCUGCCUGACCAGCAUGGCGUGC